AUGAAGGCAAACUAUGAAGACAACAAACUUGAGAUGACAUGGGUUGAGUUCUACUUGAAAAUACACCGUCCACCUAGCAUCCUUGAUAGAAUCAAACUAUUGCAAGGAAUAGAAACAUCUGAGAAGAUACUGGACAUUAUGCGAGUCAUUGCUGCUAUGGAGCCUGUGCGGCAAGCAGCCAAGAACAAAAAUGACAAAAGAAGAAAUCUGGAAGGAGCAGAUCACGAAACGUAUCUUGAUGAUGUCUUCGAUAGGAUUGUGAAAGUAGAAGGGAAUGCAAAUAAGAUUUUCGUCUACUUCAUAACAGCUCUACUUAUUCAGGGGUACGAUUCUGACAACUGGAGUAAACUCUAUACAGAUACAGAAGAAGGACGAAAGACUGGAGAAGAAAAGUAUAAAGUAGACACCGAGUCGAUAAGAGAAUUUCUGGAGAAUGAUCGAGGCCUCAAGGAUCAGAAGAUCACAGAGGCUAUAGAGAAAUUCCGUGAAGAAGCAAAGAUUAUACCCAAGGACCAACUUGAGAUAGAAAGGACACAAAACGAAAAAGAAGCCAAAGCGAAAGGUGAGAUAAAAGUGCAUGGAGAUGAAUUCAAAGAGGAUGCUCCGAUAAGAUUGGGUGAGGGCUGCUUAACCUCACUCAAUCUUAUCGCAGCUUUAAUGACAAAUUUUGGACGCAGAAUAUAA